AUGCUGCCAUCACAAAGCUCUCGGGUGGCCUUAGAGCUUCCUUCCCAGCCCAGCCGCAGCAGCCCUGUGCCCUCCGUCCCGGCGCUGCACCUGCUCCCGGCGCGGAGCCGCCUGCUCGGCCACGACCGCCGCCGGAGCCUCAGCAGGUGCUUUGGGGACGGCGGCAGCGCUCGGGGAGCCGAUGCUGAGAGCAGCAAAUGCUCCACCACCGACCUGCAGCUGGUCCAGAAUAUCGUGUCCCAGGUGGAGUUCUACCUGUCCGACGAAAACCUGGCCAAGGAUGCUUUCCUCCUGAAGCAUGUCCAGAAGAACAAGAUGGGAUUUGUCAGCAUCAAGCUGCUGACCUCCUUCAAGAAGGUGAAGUACCUGACCCGGGACUGGCGCCUCACGCUCUACGCCCUCCGCUUCUCGGAGCUGCUGGAGGUGAACGAGGCAGGCACCAAAGUCAGGCGCCGGACCCCCAUCCCCGAGUCGCUGCUGAGCGUCCCCCCUAGCAGACUGCUGCUGGCCUGGGACCUGCUGCUCCAGGAUCAGGGCAUGCUGCCGCUGUUCCAGAGGAGAUUCCUGGAGACCAUCACCAGGGUGUUCACCCCCUUCGGCCCCAUCGCCUCCAUCCGCAUCCUGCGGCCGGGCCGCAAGCCGCCCUCCGACGUGCGGAAGCUGCUGGAGCUCUUCCCGGAGAUGCUGAGCAAGUGCUGCGCUCUGGUGGAGUACGAGAGCCUGGAGAGCGCCCGCAGAGCCUUGGAGGACCUCGGCCCCCACGGCUACCCCGGCGGGCAGAGCAUCAGAGUGGUCCAGCUCUGCGGGAAGGGCUUCAAGAAGAAACCUGGGGCCGAGAGGGAGACGCCGGCGGAGGAGCGGCUGGGCGGGAGGAUGCCUGAAGCGGGCAGGACCUUCGCCUGUGACAGCAGCGACUCCCUGUUCUGCAGCUCCCUGGGGUCAGACAGUGCCCUGCAGCUGUCACCUCCUACCCUGAGCAGGGAUCCCCCAUCACCCACCUGGCCUGGCGAUGAUUUCAAGCCCAGAAGCUUCUCUGGAUCGCUCAGCAAAGCCUUCCCCCAGCUCUCGAGCAGCUCCGGCGCUGAGAGCGGCAGCAUCUGGGCCCCCUGGAGCAGCAGCUCCCCUCUCGCCGCCCACCCUUCUCCUGGCAGACCGCCGGCAGUGAAGCAGGCGCCCGAACCCCUCGGCCCCGACGGCACCAUGGGCUUCUACAGCAGCUUCGGGAGAGGAGGGCUCCCCCUGCGGCGCUGAGGCUCCUUGACGGCUGGCUUUGAGGAUGUUGUUCGUUCGUUUCUUUGCUUUUCUUUUGUUUUCCUCCUUCUCGUGAGCAGAAUA